AUGGGCCGUUCGAUAUCCCGCGAGUCACUUACGUCCUAUUGACAUUAGCGCUGCAUGGUGUGGAUGCCACAUGUAUGCUGUGAUUCCCUCACUUAUAAUCCAUCAGGACCUCAGAUGCAGUGUGUUCGUGGCUUCCAGCACACAUCGUAUUCUCAAGUGUUAGUUUGAAUCUAUCCCUUACUCGCAUGUCAAAAUUCGUCCCUGGACAUUUCAAUGACAACCCUCCAUCCUCGGGAGAGGACCCGAGCCGCCCAGAACGCCCCCAUGACAGAGGAUUCGCGAUCAGUGGAACGCUACAAGUUGUCGCCAAUAUAACUCUGGCGACACUUUAUUUCGUCGUUAAUCUCCUAUUUUGUAUGACGGCAGGCUCCGCGCCAGACCCGCUCGAUGAUACCACUCAAGCAUUGGGUGAGGAGCCAGGCCAACCAGAACAACCCCAGGAUUCGGGAAAGACAAACCUCGUGAUCACUGAAGUGCUACAAGUCGCCACCAUCAAUUCCGCAUCGGACCUACUCGACAAUACCCUCGCAGCCUCGGGUGAAGAGUCUAGCCACCCGGAACGCACCCAGGACCCGGGAGAGAUACACCUUGGUGGAGUGCAACAGGUUGUUAUUACUGCCAUUCGCGCAACCGAUCUCACUCUUGGUCUCCGACGGAUCCCGGCUGGCUUCCAUGUGGUGGUCAAGGCUGACAGUGCUGAAUACCAGACAAGCAAUAAAUCUAUAUACGUAAACCAGUCUGUCGUCGAAUGGCACGAGCGCAUUCUUCUGCCGUGCGAGCCAUGUUCUGAAGUUCGGGUUAGCGUGUAUGCCUCAUUCGAAUUGGGUCCCAUGGUCUGUCACGGAGAACUCCUCCGCACAUUCGAGGUCUCUGUUAGAGAAUUACUGGAUCGUAGCGAAAGGUCGCAUCCCAUGGUCUUUCAGCCAAAGCAGGAGGAAGUCUUAUCGUCUUGUACUUCGCUCUCCAUGACGGUGGAGCAGCGACUUUCUGAUCAAAUUGACGCCGGAGUUCUUUGCCCCUUUAUUAGACUUACAUCUCGCAUGGAUGCGUUAGCACUAAGUACGGACGCCGGACAUCGUCUUCUCGCACGAUACCGCAGGACACAGAACAGUAAAGAUCUCGACCAAUCCAUAAAGCACUUUGAACGGGCUUUGUAUCUCUGCCCCAUGCAUCAUCCAUACCACCCUGCAGCACUGUUCAAUUUAGCCAUUGCAAAGCUUGUAAGCUGCCAGGUUAACGGAGCAUACCUCGACCUCGACACCCCUAUCUCUCUUUUUCAAGACGCACUUGAUUUACGUCCCACUGAUCAUCCGGAUCGAAUCAUCACCCAGCUCCAUCUUGCCAUUGCUCUGUCGUCUCGCUUUGCCAAACGGGGAUUUCAAACGGAUGCCGAUGCAGCUAAAGAGUUGCUGAGCGAUGUUCUCGAUGUCUGCCACGCCAACAGCCACAUUUACAGAGCAGCUUUGAUCGCGAUCCAAACAUCCGCUGCGCAUUCUACUGGAAGCAUUGAUGCAAAUGAUCGCGGGCAGGAGCGUCCUGCCACAUCGAUGCUUCCGUUAUCGCUGAAUCAGCUUGCUAAUCGAGCAAAGCGGUGUUUGCAGGUGGAUGAACCCCGUGACCUGGAUGAAGUCAUAUCCCUCCAUUAUGAUGCACUGGGAUACUACAACACCGGGCAUGCUUACCGAGGACAAUUGCUAACUAAUCUGGCUAUAAUCCUGCAAACUCGCUUCAGGCGUCAAGGCAACGACAAAGACAUGGAUCAGGCUAUCGCGCUUCAGAUGGAAAUGUUGGCAUUGUGCCCAGUCGGUCACCCAGAUCGGUCCAAGUCAUUGAAUAACCUUGCGAUUCAACUCUCCACCCGCUUUGAACACAGAGGCAACGUCGACGACUUGGAUCAGUCCAUCGCACUUCACAAGGAAGCGCUGGCCUUGCACUUCGUUGGCCACACCGAUCGGUCCACAUCAUUAAUGAAUCUCGCAAAUCAACUCUCCACCCGCUUUGACCAUCGAGGCAACUAUGAAGACUUGGAUCAGGCUAUCGCACUUCACAGGGAAGCGCUAGCUUUGUGCCCUGUUGGUCACCCAAAUCGGUCCAGCUCGUUAAAUAGCCUCGCGACCCAACUCUCCAUCCGUUUUGAACACCGGGGAAGCGGCGAAGACUUGGAUCAGGCUAUCGCACUUCAGAGGGAAGCGCUGGCCUUGCGUCCGGUCGGUCACACAGAUCGGUUUGGGGCAUUGAAUAACCUUGCGAUUCACCUCACCUUCCGCUCUAAGCACCGAGGAAGCGACGAAGACUUAGAUCAGGCUAUUGCACUUCAGAGGGAAGCGCUGGACUCGCGCCCAAUGGGUCACAAAGAUCGGUCUGGGGCAUUGAACAACCUUGCAAAUGCACUCUCUGUUCGCUUUGACCACCGAAGCAACGACGAGGACUUGGAUCAGGCUAUCGCACUUUACAGAGAAACGCUAGCCUUACAUCUGGCCGGUCAUACAGAUCGGUCCAAGUCAUUAAAUAACCUUGCAAAUCGACUCUCCACCCGCUUUUACCACCGAGGCAAUGACGAAGACUUGGAUGAGGCUAUCGCGCUUCACAGGGAAGCGCUAGCGUUGUGCCCGGUCGGCCACACAGAUCGGUCCAGCUCAUUAAAUGGCCUCGCAACUCAACUCUCCACCCGCUUUGAGCGCCGACGUAAUGACGAAGACUUGGAUCAGGCUAUCGCACUUCACAGGGAAGCGCUGGCCUUAUGCCCGGUCGAUCACACAGAUCGGUCCAUGUCAUUAAGCAUCCUUGCAAAAUCACUUUCCAUUCGCUUUGAGCACCGAGGCAAUGACGAAGACUCGGAACAGGCUAUUGCACUACACAGAGAAGUUCUAGCUUUGCGCCCGGUCGGUCACAAAGAUCGAUCUGGGGCAUUGAAUAACCUUGCGAUUCAACUCUCCUCCCGAUUUGAGCAUCAAGGCAACGACGAAGACUUGGAUCAAGCUAUUGCACUUGACAGGGAAGCGCUAGCCUUAUGCCCGGUGGGUCACACAGGUCGGUCCAUGGCAUUAAACAGCCUUGCAAAUCAACUCUCCACCCGCUUUGACCACCGAGGCAACGACGAAGACCUGAAUCAGACCAUCGCACUUUACAGGGGAGCGCUGGCCUUGUGCCCGGUCGGUGACACAGAUCGUUCCACGCCAUUAAACAACCUCGCGGCCCAGCUCUCCAUCCGCUUUCUCCGCCGAGAUAACCACGAAGACUUGGAGCAGGCUAUCGCAUUUCAGAGGGAAGCGCUGGCCUUGCGCCCGGUCGGUCACAAAGAUCGGUUUGGGGCAUUGAAUGGCCUUGCGAUUCACCUCGGCCUCCGCUUUGAGCGCCAAGGCAACGACGAAGACUUGGAUCAGGCUAUCGCACUUCACAGGGAAGCGCUGGCCUUGUGCCCGGUCGGUCACACAAAUCGGCCCACGUCAUUACAUAACCUUGCCGCUCAACUCUCCACCCGUUUUGAGCACCAGCGCAAUAGGGAAGACUUUGAUCAGUCACGAGAGAACCUGCGCUGUGCAUUGACUCUGUUGACACAACAUGAUCCUCGUCGAUUAUCAGCCCAUCGAUCGCUAGCUGAGGUCUAUCUGACGUUCUAUCGAUCAGGCCUUGACGACGCCGGCACAGGUGAAGAUACGGACACUCUUAAUGCUGCCAUAUAUCAUCUCAAGGCAGCAGCAAACGUUGUCUCUGGAGGCUUGCUAUCACGCCUGCGAGAAAGUAUACGUUGGAUACACCAUGCUAGUCUAUAUUCACACGGUACCGAACUGGAGGCAUAUGCGACUUCCAUGCAACUUCUGGACGCUUACAUGUCUGUCACAGCUUCGGUUUCGUCUCGCCACAAUUUCAUGAAGCACUUCCUGUCUACACUUGCUGUGGAUGCUGCAUCGUGUGCUCUUCGUAGUGGUGAUGUGUGUCGCGCUGUUGAGUUGUUGGAACAGGGAAGGACUGUCAUCUGGACUCAGAUAACACGGCUCCGCACCCCUCUUGAUAACCUCCAGACGCGCGGCAGUCACGCAGCGGCCCUGACGAAGAAAUUCAGAGACCUCAGCUCCCUCCUGGACAAACCUCCUGCGAACAAUCCAGAAGCAACCCCAAGAGUUGAUGUAGAAGCAGAGGAAACCCAGUACAGACGUCUUGUGGAGGAGUGGAAUAGAGCUGUAGAAGAGAUCCGGAAGAUCGACGGCUUCUCUCGCUUCCUCCUUCCCCCUUUGUUUUCUGACCUUCAGGAUGCAGCUCGUGAUGGGCCUAUCAUCGUGCUCGUCGCAAGCAGGUCGUCUUGCCACGCCAUUAUUAUCCCGCACAGGCAACCUCCAACUAGCAUCCACCUCCCUACUGAUUUCCGGAAACUCGGCAAAUUGGUGGACGCACUCCAAAGAGCAGUUGGAAAAGAGGCCAGUCCCAAAGGGAACCAGACAGCGCUGACAAAAGCUUUGAGAGAGUUGUGGGACGUCGUCGUCUCCCCAGUGGUCGAGAAUCUGGACGGAUUUGUACGACGAGGUUCCCGAAUAUGGUGGUGCCCGACCUCUGUCUUCAAUUUCUUGCCAUUGCAUGCUGCUGGCGAGUACAGGUCAAAGGGAAAAUCCGUUUCGCAACAAUAUAUAUCGUCAUACACGCCAUCGCUCAACGCACUGAUCAAGGCUCGCCGAAGUCAUGACAGGUCUCCAUCAAUUUCCUUCGUUGCCAUUGGUCAGGAUUGCCCAGCCGGUGCCUCGUUCACUUUGGAUGCUGUGGAGCCCGAACUGGAAUUGGUGCGAAGACUUUUGCCCCCUCCCCCCACUGUUUCAUUCUCCAAGAUAACCAGUGUCGAUGCCACGAAAUCGAGAGCACUGCGCGCAUUGAGAGACAAUACUUGGUUUCAUCUCGCGUGUCAUGGGAUACAAGAAUUUGACGAACCCUUUAAGUCGGCCUUUCGCAUGCGUGACGAGCCGCUUUCGCUCCUCGACAUCACACAAAUGGAUCUGUCUCAACAUGAAUUCGCAUUUCUUUCUGCCUGUGAAACCGCAGUCGGUACCUUUAGUACACCUGACGAAGUGAUACACCUAGCGGCUGCCCUGCAAUUUGCCGGAGUUAACAGCGUGGUCGGAACACUGUGGAAGGUCACGGAUAGCACCGUGCAGCACUUGGUGGAGGCAUUCUACAAAAAUAUGCACGGGGAUGGUCCAAUGAAUUCCAAACGAGCUGCCUGGGCGCUGCACCGAGCGGUCCAGUCGUUGGCUUGUGACAAGGACAUUCCAAUGACCUUGGACCAGCGCAUAGUGUUCGUGCACAUUGGCAUAUGA